AUGGAUUCCUCUUCCCACCACCAGCAGUGGGCGCAGGCACAGCACCAGCAAGCGUGGCCUACCGCCGCCGCGGCUCCUCAGGGCUACCACCAACCCACCUCUAUCGAGGAAGUGAGGACUCUCUGGAUUGGGAACCUCCAGUAUUGGGUCGAUGAGAACUACCUCAGCAGCUGCUUCGCCCACACCGGAGAGGUUUGCUCUCCCGUUUGACACAUGCUCCUCGGACUCGUAGAGCCUUUAUUCUCCUCUUGCCCUCAGUGGUGGCGACUGUCUCGAGUGUUUCUCUGCGUCUGCUUCUUGCACGUUGUCAAAACCUAAAUAUGGGACCACAUAGAAAUUAAUCGCGGACCACAUACUGCUUCUCGUUAUACCAUUAAAUCCCGAAACUAUUUCAGAUUCAGAAAAGAUCACCUCUAUAUCUCGAUUUUAAGUUUGUUUAUAAAAUUCGAUUGAAAACAGCUCGUUACCAUGCUUCUAGGUGGCAUAGAAAUGCCGCUUCUUCACUAGAUGUCUAUCGCGUGUGGUUAAAGCUAUCAGAGAGGGCUUAUAUUGAUAUAUUUCUCUCCUUCCUCUGCGUUGUACUGCUGGCCUCUUUCCUUUAGCUUGGCAUAUAUAGACAAAAGUUGUUUCUUUAUGGCGAGAAGAGAGUAAUUGCAUAUUUAUUUAUUUAUUUAUUCCUGAGAAUCAUAAACCUUACCCCUUGUCUAAAUAGCUGGCAUCUUAAGUGCGUCCUCUCUUUUACGUUGGAUUUUUUUGUAAGAUUAUUUUUAUCUCUGUCAGCUCUAAUGAUUACAUUUAGGCUGGCUUGGGAUCUUUUAAAUACGAAUUUGGGUGGAUUAGACGUGCCAUUCUUAGAUUUUAUUUUUUCUUCUUCUUGGUGCUCUGACCAUGAAUAAAAUAAAUGGCAUUCGUUAAUUUUUUUUUUCACAUUCUUGUUUCCCUUAUAAGCAUAAGGUCAUAGUUUUUUGAGCGCAGAUAAUUCUACACUUUUAACUGUGGAAUCGCUUUAAAUGAAUUGUAAGUUUAGCUAUUUGACAUUAGAUUUCUUGGUUGUGCCGUUCUUUUUUUGGCUCUAUUAGUAUGAAUACUUAGUUAGGUUGGUAUGAGACACAGCUUCAUAGUGGAUUCUGUGGGAUUUUAUGAAUUAAUCUAUGCUUGAUGUUUUAUGGGGAAGUUCAUCUGUUCGUUAUUUGAUCAUUCACCUUGAGAUUUGAAUAAAAUUAUUAUUGUGUUUCGUUCCGUGAACAACUGUUAAUGUUUGUUCCUCGCAUUUUUUUCUUGUAUUGCAUCUCUUGACUAAUAGUGGUUUUUGCUUCAUGUGGACCUAUAGGUUGUUUCAAUAAAGAUUAUUCGCAACAGAUUGACUGGGCAGCCUGAGGGGUAUGGGUUUGUGGAAUUUGUUUCUCAUGCAGCUGCAGAAAGGAUCCUGCAAACAUACAAUGGGACACAGAUGCCUGGAACGGAGCAGACGUUUAGGUUGAAUUGGGCUUCCUUUGGCAUGGAAAAACGUCCUGAUGCUGGACCAGAGCAUUCCAUCUUUGUAGGUGAUUUAGCACCUGAUGUCACAGAUUACUUGUUGCAAGAGACCUUUAGAGUCCAGUAUCCUUCAGUCAGAGGUGCAAAGGUCGUAACUGAUCCUAAUACUGGGCGAUCAAAGGGAUAUGGAUUUGUAAAAUUUGUCGAUGAGGCCGAGAGAAACCGUGCCAUGACAGAAAUGAAUGGAGUUUAUUGUUCCACCAGGCCUAUGCGCAUUAGUGCAGCCACACCAAAGAAGACCGCAGGGUUUCAGCAACAGUUACCUACUACCAAAGGUGAUUACACUUUUUUUCCUCCUUGUUGAGGCAUAGAGUUUUAUAAUGUUUAUUGUGUCAGUAUUGGUAGCAUUACCAACGGCUCUUGUGAUAUAUAUGAGAUCAGUUUCAUUGGUGGAAUAUAUGGAUACUUUUUCUCAUUUCAUUCCCAAUGAGUGGCUUACUUUUUGAACGCUUUCCUGGUGCCUUGAAUUAUAGCAGAUCUGUUUCUUUUAUUGGUAGCAGGAUUGGAUAUAAUUUGGAGGCUAGAGUAACCUGGGCAUUAGAGGUUGGUAACUCUAACAUUUAGAGUUAAAUGCAGGUAGCAUUCAUGAAUUGAUAUGCUCUACCUUAGUGCGUUGGCCAAAAUACUGGAGAGGCGAUAUUAAAAAUGGAAGAUGUUGGAUUCGUCUGCAGCCCUGGUUUCCCCUUUGUUGCAUGGAAUUAAAUUCCUAACAAUUUUUUUAAAAAUAAAAAUCCUAACCAUUUGUCCAUUACUGUAAUAAUUAGGCUCCACAUUAUAUCGCUAAAUGAGGGAACUUUCAUUGGGAGAUAGCCUUUCAUGAGGGUGAUGCUUGCAAGAAGCAACCGUAUUGUUUGAAAACCUGUAUAAAAAGGGUAAAGUAUAGAUGUUGAUUAUAUGCAUUUUUUUUCAUAAUGCAAAUAAAGAAAAGUGAUCACCAUGUUUGGAGGAUUCACAAUGCUAUCUCUAGUCCAACUAAUGACCUUUUUAUUUGAAAAUAUCACAAUAUUCAUCUGAAGCUCGAGACUUGGAUUCCUUCUCCUUCAGCCAUCCAAAUUUCACAUCCUUUCAUUGACUAAUUUAAAUAUUCUUAGUCGACAUUAAAGGAAAUGAGUAUACAAGGGUGUUGGGGAUUUAUUCCUAAAAGUAACUAAAAGUAGUUAUGAAAUUCCUCCUCAGUGCUUUUCAGUGUUAUUUCUUUUGAAACAAGGAAAAAUGGACUAAUUUUUCUAGUGUUCUUAGAAAUUUAAAGUUAAAACUAACAGUGCUUGGAGAUAAGGAAAGACCUAGGAGAAGAACAAAAGUGCUGAUGCCUUGUUGCCAGAGCUUACUGCAAGGAAAUCAUCAUAAGCUUCAGGGUCUCACUGGCGAGAUUGAUUAUUGUACUGUGUUAUAGAAUGUCCUCUCUUCAAGUAUUAACACCGUAAUGAUGGAAAUUUAUUCAGCAUAAUGUCAAAACUUGGUUGUUGAAAGUUGCCCUUUUAGUAUUUGUUUCACUGAGCAAUGUUCAUUAUACUUAUGACAUGGUGAAGCGGCUUCUUUGUUUUUCAACUUGGUGGAUAGAAACACGAUCUGAUAGGGAAUCUCUUGAAAUCUGGUUUCGAAAUUAUUUUAAAAGAUCAUCUAUGCAAGUUUUAAAAAAACGGAAGAAAACGGGACAAAACCAUUUUUUUUCUCAUAAGUUUUUUUUUUUUUUUGGGCUUUCUGGAAUCUGGACCAACCAAACAAGUGUUGGCUUUCGUGAUUCAUCUGUUAAACUGAGUUAGAGGAACUGAGGAAGUGGUUGAAGAGAUAGGAGUCCCAAGGAAGAGGGCAUCCUAUUGGAUGUCUGUGUUUUUUGUUAUGCAUAUAUUCAAAUGAUUCUUUUGCGGUCAAGUGUUUGAGCAGAAAGACUGAAGCCAAAUCAGUUUAUGAUCAUUUGAACUCUUUGAUUUGUCGAAUAUUUAGUUAAGCAUUACUAUGAAAAUAAUUACUACAGUACUCAGGGAGACUGCGUAGGAUGCGAGAAUUUGGAUCCUACUCACACUGGUAUUUAGACUGGGUAGUUGCUUACUAUGGGCAGAUAUCUAUUUUUUAAUGCUGCUCAUUCUUAGAGUAACCACAUUAUGCCUGCUAUUUUUUACAGCUGCAUAUCCGAUGACUUAUGCCACGCCACAGGUGCAGCCAGUUGCAACAGAUGGUGACAUGACGAACACAACUGUGAGUCAAUAUGUUUGUCCCUGGUCGUUUUGUCCCGAGGAUCUGUCAAUUUGCAUCAUUCUUGUUGUUGAUAUGAUUUGGUAUUAUUCCUUGCAGAUAUAUGUUGGCAGCUUGGAUCCCAAUAUCACUGAGGAUGAACUGAGGCAAAUUUUUGCACAAUUUGGUGACCUUAUUUCUGUCAAAGUACCCCAAGGCAAAGGCUGUGGUUUUGUCCAAUUUGGCUCUAGGUAUGUCCACAAUAUUGCGAGUCCGUCUUCCAUCUUAUGAGAUUCUGCAUGAUGAGGCACAGGCGUGUGACAGUUAAUUUUCUAAAUGCUCAAGAGGAUACCCUUUAAAAGAAAUAUAAUUCAAUUCUUUUGGUAGUAACAAUUAGCCCAGAGUCUUGACAAUGCCAAUUCAUAUCUCCCUUCCCUGCAGAUGGUUUAGCAGAUGCUAAAACAGUGAACCUAUCUCCAUAAAUUUCAUUUAUUUAUUUCAUUGUCUUAUUUGGAUUUCUUGAAAUCCAAUACGAGGUAUCUAAACAAAAUUGCCAAGUGAAGAAAUGCACCUUUGCUUGCUUUUUUUUCUUUAUACUUUUCAUGGGGAUUCGGAUGUUUGAAAAUUUCAGUUGGAACUGAUUGAACAUUUGUCUCCGGAACCAUGAUUUGAUAUGCCCUAUAAAUUAUUCCUUCCGUGGACGUGGAAUUAGGUCAAAUAAGCAUGCCAAGGAGUGGGAUGCCAGGCCUGCAUGCCAACAACUGUUGCCGUCCGGUUUUAGUUACCUCAUAUUUUUUCUACAUAUUGUUGAUUGUUUCUAUACUGUAAUCUAUACCCAUUUGCGUCAUAUUUACUAUAGACAGUUUAUAUGCCAGGUUUUCCUUGCCUGAAUGAUGAUAUUCUGCUUUAAUUCUGUAAAAGUUACCCUUAACCUCUUCUUUUUGGAUGCUUUACAUCACUGAAUUUCCUCUUCUUUGCUUUUAAGGGCAUCUGCUGAAGAAGCUAUUCAAAGAAUGCACGGGACGAUGAUUGGUCAACAAGUUGUUCGUCUUUCAUGGGGUAAAAGCUCAGAAAAUAAGCAGGUUUGUUUUUGAAGAUAAUCCCGACGUUUAAUUUUUUUACGAUUAUCAUUCUAUAAUGUAUAUCUUCCAUAGCAAAUGGUCAUAUUUAGGAAAUACUUUGACUGCGCCAGAGUAGUUUGGACUUAGUCUUUGAAAACCAGAAACAAAAGUGUUUUCCUUGGAUAGAUCCCAGAUUCAGUUAAAUUUCCUCGUUUUUACGGCUUCUCUGAGUUUCUGUGCAACUGAGACAUAUAGUUUGGAAUAAUGCUAUUAAGUACCUCUAGGAGGGGAUGGCUGGAGAUCUAUACACAAAUCUGUGAUACACGCAGGGGAUUCUCAACCAUAAACCAGAAACCCUAGACAGGGGUUUCUUGAUAUAAAAGGUUAAAAAGGGUGGUCAAUCAAAGCGCGCAGUCCAAUGGAAUCCGCUAAUGGGGGGAUCUAGUUUGUAUUAUAUCAUGUCUUGGGAGCUAUAAUGUUAAUCCAUUUCUACACCCUUCCCUCAAGCUGAGAUUGGAUAUAUCUCACGUUCAACUUGUUCACCGUUUUUGCAUCUCUUAUUCCUUCCCUGAUGAAGUAUCAGCUCUGUUGUCGAUGGUUAUUUGUAUUAUCUCAUCCUUUCGCACAAGACUAUUAGCGACCCUGAUCUCAGCCCUGUUGUCACAACAGUAUUUGAUGUGGAGGGUAACCUUUGUACCAAUGUGUGGGAGUACAAUUUUCAGCCAUAGCCACUCAACCAGUAUUGAAUCUAGCAUACUCACUUCAGUAUUUACUUCUCCAUGAGUCAGGAUGACCUCCCGUGAAGGUACAUAACCCCGCAGUUGACUUUAUAUCAUUGUGAGAGAUUGUAACUUUCAUCGACAAUAGCUUUCUUCGAGCUGUCAGUGUAAGGAAGUAGUGUUCUUUCCUGGUGAACACUUGACGAACUUAACUGCUCUAUCCAUGUUCCCUAGAGGAACUUAACUUGACGACUUUUUAAGGGCAUCUAUAAAUAGGAAACGGGUAGGAUCAAUUCUUCCUUUCUGAAUACUUCAACUGAUGGUCAACUGUUUCUGUAACUUUCAUGGGUAGUUUUGCUUUCAUUCUGUAUACGUAGUAUGCUAACCGUCUGCAUUCUGAAUUGGAAAGGAAACGCUUGCUGAUCUCAUGAUUGGAAGGGGGUAUGCACAGUUUUCAAUGUUUCCUGACGCAGAGGUUUCCUUUUGUGUUCAUGAUCUCAGGAUCCAUCUGCCAUGUGGGCCCAACAAGCGGAUCCCAACCAGUGGGCUGGUUAUUAUGGCUAUGGACAAGGAUAUGAUGCCUAUGCGUAUGGAGCUUCUCAAGAUCCGUCUUUCUAUGCGUAUGGCGCCUAUGCUGGAUAUGGCCAAUACCCUCAACAGGCAAGGACACUUUUCUGUCAUCUAUUAGUGUUGUUAACACUUCUCCCAUUCUUUUAUGGAGGAGGGCCUUCUAUAAUUUAUGUGAAAUAAAAGAUAAUUUGAUGCAUGCGUGUUCUGGGUUUUCUUCCCUCUUCUUAUUCUGUGAUUAUAUCUCGGAAAUACUGCAAGUUUUAAUGUGGAAAUGAACCCAUUCCGGGGUUUUACCCAGAUUGGCAGUGACCCAGUUUGAGAUUAAUACGGGCAGAAAUGGACUUAACCUGGUUGUUGACGUCAUUACAGAGAUCCCUUCUGAAUAGUUUGGCAAGAAAUAGUUUUCUUCUUUUCUUUCUCAUGGCAGCUUCAUAGUUUUCUGCCUCCUCUUUCCAGGCGGAUGGUCUCUCAGACAUGACUGCCAUGGUGGGUUCGAUCCCUACUGCAGAACACAGGGAGGAAGCUUUCGACCCGUUGGCUAUUCCAGAUGUGGAUAAGUUAGUUCUCUCUCUCUCUCUCUCUCGUUUUCUUUGCUCACAUUGCUUUCCUAAGGGAUCUCAUCAUCUAUCUGCUAUCUUGAAUCCUCUGGUUAGGUUGAAUGCCACCUACACUGCUGUUCAUGGAAACUCGAUGGUGGGAAGGCCUCUAUGGUUGAGGAACUUAGCUUGA